UCGGCUAUCGUCAUGGCGGAUCUGGGGAGCCAUCGCUGCCGUUACUGUAACAUGGCGUUCCGUAGCUACGCCCUCCUGGAGAAACACAAGGAAAAGUUCUGUAUUGGGGGCCGCGGCGGAGAUCUGUCGGGCCGAGGGCUUCCCAGGACGACAGAGACCCCUGAUUACAGAACGAGGGAAAGCAUUGCGCGCCUGAGAGUCGCCGAGAGCCUGCUGAGCGAGCGGGAGCAGCAUCUGCUGGAUGGAUACGGACGCCCGGACGCCGCGUCAGACAGCAGGGCGCUGAAACACUUAACUGAAGAGUUCCACAAGCUGCGGCAGUCACUGGAGGUCACCGUCCCGUCGCUGAGAUCCAUUCAGUUUCAGGAGGAAGCCAGCCCCUGGGACAGGGAGUACCGCGAGCGAAUGCAGGAAAUGGCAGAAGCUCAUGAACGCCACCUCGCCGACCUCCAGACCCGAAACCAGGCGCUGGAGCUUCAGAGAGAAGAAAUCCGGCAGCGUCUUUCAGAAGUGGCCAACGCCGGAUCCUCUACCAGCCACAUCGAGCAGAUGCUGCUGGAAUUGAAAGCUCAGGAGGAGAAGAACCAGCUGGCCUUGGAUGAUUUACGGAACCAGGUUGGACUCAUCCAGUCUGAAAGCAGAACCAAAUCGGAAAGAUCCAACCAGGAACGGACAGCGAGCCCCCCAGCCAAGAAGGAGAAGCCUCCUCUGCACUUUAUAACCUUCCCCUCCCACGGCAGCCCCCUUUCCUCUGAAAUCAGUGCCCUUCAGUUGGCAUACGUCCAGAGCGGUGGAAGCGAUCCAGCCGUCUUGGCUCAAAUGCGGGACCUACAAGCAGAGGCAAUGGCAUUUGAAGAGAUGGCUCACAAGCAGGAACGGAAAGAGAAGAAAAAGAAAAGGCAUGAAGGCUCUUCUCGGGUACUAGACGUUGAGCUGAUGGCAGUAGAACUGGAGAAUCAGCGCCUGGAAGAAGAAAUCUUUAACUUAAAACUACACAGGAACAAGAAAAAGACAGAGAAGGGAGAGUCCGAGAUGUUUGAAAUGCAGAGGGAACAUCUCCAGCAAAUGGCUCAGCUCCAGGCUGACAUGGAGAUGCUCAGACGGGAUGUGAGCAGAAUGCCUCCUCGAGUCAGUCACGGACCCCCACCCUUCUUACCUCCCCCUGUGGUCCCACCUCCCCUGCACGCUACGAGGCAAUUCCCAGGGAAACCAGAACCCGCCGUUGCAAUGGGGGAGCUGGGUUCGAUGCGUCCUCCUAGUCCAUCAACAAACAGACACAUACUGGAGCCCCUAGAUGCUCUGGGACCAGCGCCAUAUGAUCCAGUGGCUGGAUUUGUGAUAUUUUAUGACUUUCUACUGGGUUUGGAACCGACGUUUCAGAAGGUACGGCUGCUCUCGGGACUGUACAGCAAUGGCCACAGGAUGGGGCAGACCGCUUCCCUCCCCGACGCGCUUUGUGAGAUGUGGCAGCAUCCUCACCACCUUGCUAAUACCUCAAGGGGAAACACCGCGCUGUUAUCGGCCAAGCAGCCAAUACCCAGGGUAAGGCCUGGAUCUUCCAUUGCUUUAGUUGUCGAGCUACAAGCAUCAGGAGGAUUCAACGCCUAUGGCCAAGAGGUCCCUCACAUGUCCUCCCGCGGCUGGACGAAGUUGGACUUGUUUGACCAGCACAACCAGGUUCUGAGUGGUCGAUGGAAGCUGCCGGUGAGAGCCCUACCGCUGAGGCCGGGACUGAGCACGGGACAGCUGAACACCGUCCCACAGGUUGGAAAAGCAGAACUUUUUCUACGUGUCAUGAAUGCCAGAGAUGCCGAAAUCCAAUCGCUGGCAGAGAUUGAUCUGAGGAAUGCCUCACUGUAUCAGUAUCCACCAUUGAUGGCCGGUCCGAAUGCUACUGUAUCAGAGGACCCGAGUCACCGGCCAGUGUUCCACCAUCCCCCCCACGCGUUUAACGUAUCCCUUUCCCCUUAUACUGACUAUGUCGAUCCACCCCCAGUCCAGGAGCUUCCUAACCAGCAGAAAACCAGCCAGAGGUGAGAGGGAGCUGUCCUACCUCCGCUGCCCCGCGACGGAGC